AUGGAGUCUCCGGAAAGGGGGAGGCCGGCGGCGGGGAUCGCCAUGGAGAUUCCGGCGGGGGAAGGGGUUUUGGCCUGCUCGCCUCCGACCAUACCUCCGUGGCUCCGGAGGAGGCUCUCCGAGCCGAAGACGCCGCCGCCUUCUACUGUUGAAGAAAUCCAAGCCAAACUCCGUGAGGCUGAUGUUAGACGUCAGAAAUUCUAUGAGAGUUUAUCAAACAAGGCUAGGCCAAAACCCAGAAGCCCCUCACGAUCAUCGUCGCAAGAAGGUGAUCCUGGACAACGCCUUGAGGCUAAGCUCUUAGCUGCUGAAGAGAAGAGAUUGAGCAUCCUGGCGAAUGAGCAGAUGCGCCUGGCUAAGCUCGAUGAGUUGCGGCAAGCCGCUAAAUCACAGGUGGAAAUGCGCUUCAAAAGGGAACGUGAUGAGUUGGGUACAAAGGUUGAGAUGCGGGUUCGCCAGGCGGAGGCCAACAGACUGCGUAUUCUUCGAGCUCAUCAUCAAAGGAGAGCGAAUCUGAAAGAGAGGAUAUCACAGUCAUUAAUGCGGCGGAUGGCUCGAGAGAACAAGUAUAAAGAACGAGCAUGUGCUGCAAUAUUCCAAAAGAGGGCGGAUGCAGAGAAAAAGCGGAUGGGUUUGCUUGAAGCAGAAAAACGGCGAGCUCGUUCCAGGGUCUUGCAGGUGCAGAAGGCAGCCAGCAAUAUUAAUACCCAGCGAGAGAUGGAGAGAAGUGAAAUGAGGAACAAGCUCGAAGACAGAUUGCAGCGGGCAAGGAGAAACAGAGCAGAAUAUUUGAAGCAGAGGGGACGACCAUAUAAUGCUAUUUAUAAUAGCUGGGAAACAAUUCAUGAGGAUGCUGAAGUCCUUGCUAUUAAAUUAUCAAGGUGCUGGAGGGAGUUCAGAAGGCUGAAGAAAACUACUGCAGAUCUUGCCAGAGCUUAUAAUAUAGUAAAUAUAAAUGGAACAUCUGUGAAGUCCAUGCCAUUUGAGCAGUUUGCACUUCUUAUACAGUCAAGUUACGCUCUUAACACUACCAAAGUGUUGCUUGAUCGACUUGAAACUCGCUUUAGAGUAUCUCGAUCUGCUCUUGAUCCUUCUGGAUCAUAUGACAUAGAUCACCUCCUCAAGCGAGUAGCCUCCCCCAAGAAGAAUACACCACGGAGAUCUUCAUCUGCCAAAAAAGCUGCCAAAACUCCUUCACAAUUGUCGAGGUACCAAGUGAGGAUAGUUCUGUGUGCUUACAUGAUAUUGGGUCAUCCAGAUGCUGUUAUCAGCGGAAAAGGAGAGCGUGAGACAGCUUUGGUGAGAUCUGCUGAGAAGUUUGUGAAUGAGUUCGAGCUCCUGAUUAAGAUACUUCUAAAUGGGCCUUUACAGGUUCCCGAUGAGGAAUUUGAUGGUGUCAUGUUAAAGCGUCAGACAUUCAGGUCUCAGCUUGCAGCAUUUGAUUCUGCUUGGUGCUCGUUUUUGAAUAGCUUUGUGGUGUGGAAGGCUAAGGAUGCCAGGUCGCUCGAGGAGGAUUUGGUAAGGGCUGCAUGCCGACUCGAACUUUCUAUGAUUCAGACCUGCAAAAUGACUCCUGAAGGGAAUAAUAGUGCCCCUCUUUCACAUGACAUGAAAGCUAUUCAGAAACAGGUGUCUGCAGAUCAAAAACUUCUGAGAGAGAAAAUCCUACAUCUGAGCGGAGAAGCCGGUAUUGAGCGUAUGGAAGAUGCAAUUUCAGAUACUCGAACGAAAUAUUUUGAAGCAAGGGAGAGAGGCAACAUGGUUAUUACACCACUGACCCCACUUAUGUUAUCCCCAAGUUCAGCUUCCUCUUCUUCACCUGGUAGCUCAGAAAAGGCCAAUAGCUCAUCUGUGACCUCUCAAAAGCAAAGUUCAGUGGUUCGGUCAUUAUUCAGGGAUGAAAUUGUUCCCAAAGAAGUCAGUUCCUCUAAAGGAAAUUUGGACGUGGAGAAUCUUAGAAUUGUAAAUGAAUAUGUUCAUGGGGAACCCCUCUCUUGGGCCGAUAGCUCCAAUUCUGCUGGCUACUAUCAAGGGGAUGCCAUGGCUAAGAUAAAAGAGACUAUGGAGAAGGCCUUCUGGGACGGCAUUGCUGAAUCCAUGAAACAGAAUGAACCCGACUACAGCCGUGCUGUGGAGUUGACGAGGGAGGUGAGGGAUGGAAUUUGUGCAAUGGCCCCUCAUAGCUGGAGAACAGAAAUUACAGAAGCUCUUGACCUGGAAAUUUUCGCUCAGGUGCUCUAUUCUGGAAAAUUAGACACUGAUUAUCUUGGGAAGAUCCUAGAAUGUGCGUUAGUCACUCUACGAAAGCUCGCAGCAUCGGCAUAUGAGGAUGAACUGAAGAAAAAGCACCAGCAAUUUAUAAAAGAUCUGGCAGAGACUUGUCAGGCCAGCGUUGGCUCACAGAAUUCACAAGUUAUUGCCUUGAUCAAGGGGCUGCGCUUUGUACUCGAACAAAUCCAGGAUUUGAAGCGAGAAAUCAGCAAGGCUCGUAUCAGGAUGUUGGAACCACUCUUGAAGGGACCCGAGGCUUUGUAUUAUCUCGGGAAAGCUUUCACAACCCAUUAUGGGCAGCCUUUAAAUGCUCAAUCAGCCUUACCUUUGACAAAAAAUUGGCUUUUUGCUUCACGACAAGGUAAAGAUGAGGAAUGGAAGGAACACAGGAAUUUGCUGUCUGAGCUGACAAAGAAAGAUGACAAGAGUUCACCAAAUUAUCUUCCUUCAACCACUCUCAGAACCGGAGGAAGUUCGCUAGUUAAACUGACGACUGGCUGUCAAGCUGACGAAGUUGUGCCUUCUUCUACUGCGAAAGCUACAAGUUAUAUUGAGACGAUCGAUCCCCAUUUGGAAUGUAAGGGAGAGGAAAUUGAUUUGUUGGUUAGGUUAGGGCUACUGAAGUUAGUGAGCAAGAUAAUUGGCCUAACUGAAAGAGAGCUGCCCGAGACUAUGACCCUUAAUUUCACUCGACUGAGAAGUUUGCAAUCCCGAGUUCAAAAAAUUAUUGUGAUAGCAACAAGCCUUUUAGUCUUACGACAGACUCUCAUGACCCAGCGUGUAUUGAACAGUCAAGCUCAAAUGGACAGCAUACUUUCGAGCAGCUUCAGACAUCUCUCGACUUGUUUAGACGUGGUCCCAGAUGCUGGCAUUGUUGACAUCAUCGAGGUACUCACCUCGUAUGCAGAUGAGGAGAACAGUGAUUUAUUGCUCGACUCGGCCAAGAUUCAGCCUAUGAAGGAGAUAAUGUCUGGAAUGCUGAAGAAGAGUUUGCAAGAAGACGAUCCGGUUUUCGCACGUGUUUCUCGAGCAGUGUACUUGGCUAUGAGAGGACUUGCUUUUGGAGGAACUGGAAAAAGAGGGAGAGAAUUGGCUGAGGUGGCAUUGCAGAAGGUUGGGGCUGGUCUGCUCGUUGAUGAUGUGGCACGUGCCGGGGCUGUGCUGGUGGUGACGGCUAAAGUGUCGGUUAUUGUUCACGGGCCUUGGUACGCGAAUUUGACGAGGGAGUGA